UCAAAACAGUGAGGGUCCGAGUUCUCAGCGUGUCCCCCUGUCUCUCCAAAAAUAUAUAUCUUCUCCCCAACGUUUAGAUUUCAUCAACGCUCCAGACUCCAGUACUAGACUCUUCCAUUGUUUUGCGUCAAAGUCCUCGGGAAUCUUAAGGAAACCAAUUAAUUAAACAAAGAUGAAAGACGGCUUCGUUGUGGCAGAUAGGUUCGUAUUUCAGGAAGAAACUCAUCUCACCGUCCUAAAGACCUCUCUUUUCUUCGCCAACGAUGGCUUCACCGUCUAUGACUGCAAGGGAGACUUGGUCUUACGGGUCGACACGUACGGGCCCGAAGCCCGUGACAGCGGCGAAAUCGUUCUCAUGGACGCGAACGGAAGGUGCCUCCUCACUGUCCGCCGAAAGAUGCCGAGUCUGCAUCACCGGUGGGAGGGCUUUACAGGGGAGAGAAUCGACGGGCACCAGAAACCGAUCUUUAGCCUGCGGAGAUCCUCGAUGAUCGGACGGUCGACCAUGAGCGUGGAGGUGUUUAGGGACCCAGAGCCUUGUGAGGAGUACCAGAUCGAGGGCAACUUUGCUCAACGCUGUUGCACGAUCUUGAAUGCGGAGAGGGAAUUGGUGGCUGAGAUCCAACGCAAAGUGGAUGCUUCCACCCAGGUGGUGCUUGGGAAGGACGCUUUCUCUCUUUGCGUCAAACCUGGCUUUGAUGGGGCUUUUGCCAUGGGAUUGGUGCUCGUUCUUGAUCAGAUCAACUGCGAUGAUUAUGUUACUCAGGUAGUUCAGGAGGAGCCCGUCACAGAUGAUUCCGUUACUCAGGGAGUUCAGGUGGAGCCCGUCACAGAUGAUCCCGUUACUCAGGGAGUUCCGGAGGAGCCCGUCACCGAUGAUUAGUGGGAUAUUUUUUUGCCUUUGUUUAAUGGCUAAUCUAUGGAAGGUAAUCUUCAUCAGGUUCUUCUUGUCUUGGCUCUAGAUCUUUGUUGUAUUUUACUAUGCAAAAUCGAAGACAAGAAUGAUAAUAUAGUGUGCAAUUAAGUUCUAAAUCGGUAAUUAAUUAAUUACCAAUUAAUUAUCAAUGGAAUUUGAUUAGUGAUUUGAGA